AUUGGCUGUGCUUGUCCCUCCUUUGUCCCCUUCACUUGGGCAUCCAAACUCAACGCCGCCCCCACAUGUGCCAGGCUGUAUCCAUCCAAGCCACGUGGUUCUCUCCACGUGUCCCAUGGGGGUCCUACCUCCUAUGGAGGGAACCCAGGCGAUUGGUCAUUGAGGAAGCACGUACGACACCGCGUGCUUGAGGUUCUCAUUUCUCAUCAAUGAAAGUAAUGCAUGGCACGAGUGAACAAGUCACCUAGGGCGUAGAUGUUGUCCCUAAAAUACAAAUCCUUCCCUAUAAAACUGGUCCAGCUUCACAUCCUUCUCAUCAACACUGUUUUGGCAAACACAAAAGUAGUUUUGAAGGAACCUGCUAAAGAAAAUUCCUCCGAACAAAGAUUUGAAGCAAACAUAUUGAAGGAAAAUCAUUCUUCCGGCUGGGAUAUUAUAUAUUGUUUCGGGAACAAAUAAUACAUCUUGGUAGAAAUGGAAAGGAGAGUGAAUUACAAGAAUGAUGUUAAUCUCAAGGCAACGGAGCUCAGGUUGGGAUUGCCCGGAAGUGACGAGCCUGAGAGACAAGUGACUCCUAGUAUCAGAAAUAAUAAGAGAACGUCAUCAGAGAUUUCAGAAAAGUCAAGGUCUAAGAGCAGUUCUGGCGUGACAGAGGUCGGAAAUGAUGAUCACCAUGACAGUACUGCUCCUCCUGCCAAGGCGCAAGUAAUUGUAGGAUGGCCACCAAUUCGAUCUUACAGGAAAAGUUGUUUACAGACCAAUGAAAACGAGGUUGAAGGGGCUGGGAUGUAUGUCAAAGUAAGCGUUGAUGGAGCUCCUUAUCUCAGAAAGAUUGAUCUCAAGGUUCACAGAAGCUACCCUGAACUCCUUGAGGCUUUGGAAAACAUGUUCAAGCUCACCAUUGGCGCAUACUCAGAGCGAGAAGGCUACAAUGGAUCUGACUAUGCUCCAACUUAUGAAGACAAAGAUGGUGAUUGGAUGCUUGUUGGAGAUGUUCCCUGGCAAAUGUUCAUCUCCUCCUGCAAGAGGCUGAGAAUCAUUAAAGGAUCAGAAGCCAGAGGCUUGGGCUGUAUAUGAGACACCCACAAAGAACAAAUUGUUUAACAAAGGAUAUGAUCGAAAGGCAGGAAAGAAUAGUAUAGUUGAGAUCAACUGUACAAAGGAAAUUACCAUUUUUCCAGGAUGAGCACAUGUAACUGGAAGAUGAAAUGAAAAGCAAGAACUAUAUAUUUAUGUGUAAAGUUUUGUAUGUGCUAUUCUGAUUGGAAGUUUGGAACAAAUAGCAAGGGUGUAAAUCUCAUGUGAUUUGCAUAAAAAAUUUCAAAGAUCACAAUACAAGAUGGUCUCACUUGAGUAAAACAAAUCCUAGCUAAAGGAUUCGGGAUUAGAAAUUUUAUGCAAGAAAUAUCAAGGACUAGAAGUUGCCUGUUGUCGGAGGAAAGAUAAGAUUUUUUUUUUAUUUCAUAUAUAAUAUAUAAAAAUUAUCAUGUCAUAAUUCAUAUUGACAUCUC